CGCUUCCCCCCCUGCACGCUCCGUUACCGCUCGCACAUACCCCCCGCCUCGGCUCGCCCUCCGCCAUGUCCACCGAACUCGCCCAGCUCGUCUAUGAACAAAAGGCCGGCAACUUCCUCUCUGUCGCCUUUGCCAACUACAAGCUUCUGCUCGUGCUGAUCGACGACGAUGCCUACAGGUAUCUUCUCCGAGACCUCCUCGAGGUCUACAAAACCUUCGAGGAGGAGUAUGAGCUCCAUCUGGGCCACAUUAGCAACCCCAAAGACUGCCAAUGUGCUUGCCUGCGCGAGCCCUGGAUCGGCGAGGCCCUGAAGGCUGCCUGGGCCCCAACUCUCAAGCGUGCUGGUCGUCUCGAGUCGGACGUUGUCCACUUUUUCAAGAAGAAGGACUACCGCACCGUCCAGGUCUCGAAGGAAGUCCGCGAGCAUGAGAUGGCUGUGCGUGAAAUCAGCGUCAAAAACCCCGAGUACCUGGUCAUUUUCCCAUUCGUCAUGUACUCCGAGACCACCAAGGGCGAGAACCUGGUCCGCUCCUUCCUCUUCCGCACCCUCUUUGGCUGCACCGCGGCCUACCCCUUCGACGGCCCCCAAAAGGAUUCCACCAAGGGCGCCGCUUUCUUCGAAUACAACAUGAACCUGGCCCAGGUCCAGGCGGAGCGACAGAGCCUCAUCACCAAGCUCAACUCGAUCAAGGUGCCCCAGCAAGUCGUCCCGACCUUGGUUUCCCAGGCCAAGGCUCUUGCCGAGCGUAAUCUCGCUGUCAAGCACAGCGCCCGGUACUGGACCGUCUCUCUGGUCAUCUUCUCGGCCAAGGCCAUCUUCUACACCAUCAUCCUGAUCAUGUUCACCAUUCCCCUGUGGGUGCCCCGCUACUGGCACUGGAUGGAGAAGAACGGCUACCACAACCACGACCACAGCGAGCUCUAAAGCCGUGCCCUUCCUCGCUCUCCAAUCUUUCCCUGUCUUGUGCCUCUUCCCUUUUCUCGGGGGCCCACCCGGCCGGCGGUCUAUGGCGCUUCCCGCCGCUCGGGGCCUUUCGCUCCCCGUUGCUUUUCAUGUACAUGACCUGUUGCCUCACUUUGGAGCAGCUGUCCUGCCGCCUCCCUGGCCUGAUUCUUCUGUGUGCUUCCCCUCUCCGUUCUUCUGGCGACAUUCAAUCGCCAUUGCUGUGUUAUUUGCCUCUCCACCUCUCAAAGUUCACCUCCGCGUUGUCGGAGGUCUGUCGCACCUGUCUAUGUACAGGACCACCUGGCGAGCGAGUCGCAAUCUUCUCUCCAGUGUCCUGAAGCCGCCCCCUGUUGUUCGUCUGCGGAACGUAAGUUGGGGGAGGCGAUCCCCGGGAUUCAUCAAAGAAUAAAGCUGACUUUCGGUA